UUUGCCGUAGAGAGCAUUCGUCAAGUGAUGACGCUGGCCGCGCCACCGGCCUUUGGCCGACCGAUGCUACUGCCGCCGCUCACGUCGACUUUGUCGCCGUCGAUCGCGGAGCAGAUGAAGCAGUCGCGACCACUGACGCCGCUCGCCCCUUUUCCGUACCGUGGCGAACCGGAGCGGUCGCCCGUGUUCACGACGCCUCGCCACGAGUCGACGACCGUCUAUGCGCUUCCGCCGCCCUUCCCACACUACGAGCCGAGCUACGCGUCGCCCGCAGCCACGCCGCUCGCCCACCGUCCGCGCCUGCCACCGGCCUCGUGGCUACUUCAGAAACCAGAGCUGCGUUACGAGUACGCGGCGCCAAGCCCCGUACAUCAUGCCCCACCACCACCCAUGUUCGUGGCACCCCCGGUGACGUCGCCGACGCACGCGACGAUCGAUGAGGUGCGCGGCGAGUGCCUCGACGCCCAGUGCCACCAGCCGGUCAAGCAUCGUGGCUACUGCAAGGUGCACGGCGGCGCUCGGCGGUGCGACGUGCCAGGCUGCCCCAAGGGCGUGCAAGGCGGCAACCUCUGUAUUGGGCACGGCGGUGGCAAGCGGUGCCGGUUCCCGGGCUGCUCGAAAGCCACGCAGUCGCAAGGUCUCUGCAAAGCACACGGCGGCGGCGUCCGCUGCAAGUUUGACGGGUGCAACAAGAGCAGUCAAGGCGGGGGCUUUUGCCGGCGCCACGGCGGCGGGAAGCGCUGCAGUGUCGACGGGUGUCCGCGCGGCGCCCAGCGAGGCAGCACCUGCGCCCAACACGGCGGCAAAGCCAAGUGCAUGGUCGACGGCUGCGUGCGCGCCGACCGCGGUGGCGGCUACUGCGAAGUGCACCGAAAGGACAAGGUGUGCCGCCAAGGCUAUUGCAACCGCCUCGCGCGUAUCAAGUGUGAGGGCUACUGCACGCAGCACCACCGCGAACUCUGCAUCUCCAACAACGAAAGCCCCGCCGUCUGCUGAGCUUACAUAACAUGCUAUUUAACAUCUAUCCCCUGCCUUUGAUCGAA